UUCAGUUCGUAUAACAUAAAAUUUCAUACGAUGUUAACUCUAUGCUAUAAUGCAUUUGUAGAAUUAGAAUUAGCUAGCAAACAAAAUUUUGAAAACCUAUUUUAUAUAUGGAUAUAUAUUAAUUAAAAUAUGGGAGAUUCGCUGAGGGAUCAGAACAGUAACUGUAAAAAAAAUCCAAUCGUGUUUUUAGAUAUAGCCAUUGAAUCAGAAAAAGCUGGAAGAAUUGUGAUAGAGCUUUUUAAAGAUGUUGUACCUCGAACAGCUGAAAAUUUUCGUGCACUAUGUACUGGAGAAAAAGGUAUUGGAAUCAAUGGCAAAAAAUUACAUUACAAAGGAUCAAUAUUUCAUAAAGUGUUAUCACAGUUUAUGGUCCAAGGUGGAGAUAUAAUAAAUUUUAAUGGUACAAGUGGAGAAAGUAUAUAUGGAACGCAAUUUGAGGAUGAAAACUUUGUGCUCUCUCAUUCAUCAGGAGGAUUAUUGAGCAUGGUAAAUGAGGGUUAUCCAAACAGCAACAGUUCUCAGUUCAUAAUUACUGUUUCAGCCACGACACAUCUAGAUAAUACUAAUGUCGUAUUUGGUAAAGUUUUGAAAGGAAUGGGUGUUGUAUUAGAAGUAUCCCAAGCUAAAACAAUUCAGGAUGUACCAGUUCAGAAAAUACAUAUAUUUGACUGCGGAGAGUUGAAACAUAAUCAAAAUUGGGAAUUGGAAGAGAAUGAUGGUACAGAAGAUGUAUUUACCCCAUGGCCAGAAGAUUGGGAUUAUUCUAAAAAUAUUAAAAGACAAGAUUACAAGUAUAUAAUGGAUGUUAUUCAGAAGAUAAAAGAUUCGGGAAAUUAUUAUUUUUUACAAAAAAAUUAUGUAGAUGCAGGCAGGAAGUAUAAGAAAGCAUUACGCUAUUACAAGUGGAUGAUGAAGAUAGUAGAUGUACCAGAUUCCUCCAAUGAAUCAAUAGUGAAUACUAAAGUAACUCUAUUACUUAAUCUUGCAGCUGUUAAAUUAAAGCAAAAGAGUCAUCGCGAAGCUUUAAUGCUUUGUUCAGAGGUUUUACAAAUAAAUCAGAAUAACAGUAAAGCAUUAUUUCGUAGAAGUCAAGCAUACAUGGGACUAAAUGAAUAUGAUUUAGGUUUAGCAGAUUUACAGCAAGCAUUAUUAGAAUCUCCUAAUAAUAAAGAUAUUUUGUUAGAAAUUGACAAAGUUAAAAGAGUCAUGAAUUCCUAUUUAGUUAUUGAGAGAGCUACUUUCCAAAAAAUGUUUAAAUGAAAAAAACUAUUCUAUAAAAAAAUGUAAAUAUAAAAUUUUUUAUAUAUUUAAAAUUAUACAUACACACAUUUUUAUAUACAAUACUAGUGUUGUCUAAGAAACGUUGUAAAGUAAUUGUAUGCGUGUUAGCUAAAAUUAUUUAAAUAUUUUUUACGUAAAAAUAGUACUAAAUUUGAACAUAAUGUUUAAAUAAAUAUUUGUAUUUAUUUUUAGCUUUCUGAUUUAAGCAUUUUUAUUAUCCAAUAACAAUCUUUCUGUAAUGUGUACAAAAGAAAAUCAUAGUAUACUGUAAUCACAUGUGUUGAGAAUAUUAUUGUGAACAUUGUUCUGUUAAAAAUAUAUUAUUUUCUAUAUGCCUUGUUGAACGUUACUAAGUAUGAAAGGAACAUAUGAAGCAUACUUAUAUCACAUCAAAUAUCCAUUUUGUAUAGCAAACUUUCUUUAUAUAAAUACGAUCACAUUUAAUUAUUUUUUUGAUAACUUAAAAUAAUGUAUCAGAUGCAAACUUUUAUGAUAUUAUAAAAAAAACAAUAAUGCAUAUAUAGAUUAUAUACAGAAGUUAAUGAUAUAAAAGUAAAUAUUGUUAUAAACAUGUAUUCAAUGUAUAUGACUUAUUUAUUUAACAUUUAUAUUAAGUUCUUAACAAUUCUGAGCAUUGAAGUGUCUUAUGUACGUGACACCUAGCGGACGUAUGUCACAUAAAAUAAAUAUAAGAUAUAGUUUUAAUAGGAGCUCACAUAUAGUUUCUUUCAUUGUAAUAAUAUUCUUAUAGUAGCAGCGAUUUAUUGUAUUUAAAUGUUUUUAAUAAUAAAACUCAAGCAAUAUACACACAUUUAAAAGAA